AUGAAGACAUAUAUGGAUAGCGAUGAGUAUAAAAAAGAAGUUGAAGCAAAUGUAAAGGCAGAAAAACUUUUACAGUUGCAAAACCAAACCGUACAGUAUGAAAACUUAGCACAAGAAAGUAAAAAUAACGACGCAGCCAUGCAAAAGGCAAUGAAAAGCGCAGAAUAUAUAAAAGCUAAUAAUGACUGGUUAGAUGCCCAAGCCAACGCUAAAGCAGCCCAACUUAUAGGGUCAAUAAGGACAAAAAUACAAGCGGAUGAAGACAGUUCAAAUGAAGCUUUAAUGAAUGAUGACUUUAAGAAUGCCUUCGAAGCUCUUCAUAGUAAGAUGAAACUAGUGAACGACUUCUCAUCUGGAAAGAAACUGAAGUCUGAAGGUUUCGACAAAGAGUUAAGAGAAGUAGCAGAAAAUAUGACGAAAAUAACAGAUGCAGCAACGAGACAGGCAGUUCAAAGUGCCUAUGACGCCGUUAGAGCAGCUGUUGUGGAAAGUCAAGAAAAAGAGUUACAACAGACCAAAACAGACCUAGUAAAUGCUUUCUUAAAAAUGAAAAGUCAGGUAGGACAUUAUGCUGCAGAUGGAACAUAUGUGCCAGCUGGUGGAACUUAUAUACCACCAAACCCUCCAAGAGAAGCACCUGCACCAGGACUACCUAAAACAUUUACAUCGUCACAUGGACACAGACACAGGCAUGCACCACAACAACAACCAACACAACAACCAACAGUUCAAAAUCCAGCACAGCAACCAACAGUUCAAAACCCUGCACAGCAACCACAAACAGAGCAAAGACACAAAAGAAGUAGAGAAAAAGGAAACCAAGAAUUCUUAAAAAUGCUUAAGGAAGAUUAUGGUUACCCAGAUACUCUUGACUUUAGUGACAGAUAUAAAGAAGCUAUUAGAAAGUUCAAGGAAGGAAAUACUGACCCGAACCUAUUUAGCUUUAUGGUUCAGCAUCAAAUGGGAUAUAAUCUCAAACCUGGAAAAUACAAGCUCGCAAAGGGAUAUGAUUUAAUAGCAUAUCAUCCAAAUGACAUGAAUGAAUUUACUCCGAGAUAUUUGAUGUCAGAGCUAAAUGAUAAUUCAACUCUCUUCAUGAAACACGUAAAAAAUAGAGACGGAACGAAAGAAGAAAGGUUUAUGAGUCCGGAUGACUUAGAUAGGGAACUUGUUAAAAACGGUCUCGGAAUAUAUGAAAUGCCACCAGAUGAGGUACAAGAAACUCCACAGGAAGAAGUUCAGAUACAACCAGACAUGGAAGAAAUAGUUCAGCAACAACAGCUAGAAGAGCCUGAAGGAAACGAACAAGUCCCUCCUUUGGAAACUAACUUCACAGAACUAGAUGAAGAUUUGGAACAGCCGAAAAAUCUUGACCCUCAACAAGAGUAUGAGGAGAAUAUGGAAUCUUUCCAAGAGUCUAAGAAAAAUUCGGCUGACAUAGUAGAAGGAUAUCGAAAAAUGUUCACCGACAUACAAAAGACUCCAACAUCAGAUGAAAAUAUUCAGCA